AUGGCCGUUCUGGGCUUUGGGUUAGCUAAUGCCAAGAUCUUUACCCAAGAGGAAGUUAUCCGUGCCCUCCGAACCCAAGGAGAAAUUCCAGAGGAAGAUAUCGCCAAAUACGUUUGCAUCGCUUGCCACGAAACUCGUUACAACUCGUCGGCCAUCCACAAAGACGAUGCUUUUGGACUCUUCCAACUCUCGGAUGACUUUUGGUGUGGCAAAGGAUUUAAAGGAGGAGAGUGCGAGGCAGAUUGUUAUGAUUUUACGGACGACCAUCUCGAGGACGAUGUCCAAUGCUUGACCAAGGUUACCCCCCAUAAUUGGCCAACUUACGUCGAGAAAUGCGCUCAAGACCCGUUUUUAUUCCGAUUUGGAGAGGAGUGUACUUUUGAUGAGGAAGAAUUUACCAAAGACAACCGACGAAUGUGGUGUCCAACUUGUGCUACAAGAUUAGACUAG